AGAUAAAGAGAGAAAUAAAUAUAUAUUUUUUUUGUAUUUCAAUUAUAUAAUAUCUUCUUUUUAGUAUUUAACUAAUAAUUUGUCAAGAUAAUGAAUUUCUUAUUUAGGUAGACUUUUAAUUCUAUUAAAACAUCUUUCUAAGCAACCAGAUCUAAUACAUAGCUUGCUGCAUUCACUGAUCUUCUCAAUAAAAAGCAAGCUGAUGAAAAGAACCAAAAAGUCGCUUCAGGUAGAGCUUGGUAUGCUGCUGAAUUGAGAUUUAAAUCAAAUGAAGAACUUCAUAAGUUGUGGUAUGUUUUAUUGAGAGAAAAGAAUGCAUUGAAAUCAGAUAAUCAAUAUAAGUUUAAAGUCUAUGAUAAGAUUGGUUAAUAAGGAAGACUCGGCAAGGUUAAACGCUCCAUGGCUAGAUUGCUAACUGUCGUAAAUGAAAGAAAGUAAAUUAGAGAAAAUUAUAGAAAGCACCUUGAAGAAGAAUAUGUUGCUAAGUAACGCGAACAAUAUGAAAAGCUUUUAUAGGAAGAAUAAGAAAAGAAUAAAUACUAAGCUUAUGUUCCUGAAUUGACUCAAAAGGUUUUACGUGCUAAGUAUCGUGAUUUAAAGAGAGGUAUUGAUAAUACCGAUUAUAUUAAGCAAGCUGCUGAAAUUGAGUAGUCUAGAGCUUAAUUAAAGUAGGAAUUGGAAGAAAAGUAUGAUUAUAAGAAUAAAAAGUUGGUUGAUGCCAAUUAAGAGGUAGAAGAUGAAAAUAGCGUUAUAAGAUCUUUCUCUUCUGGUUUCCUUAAACAAUUAGAAGAAGGUCGUGUUAAAAUCUCUUAAGAAGAAGUUCUUCGCUCUCACGUUAAAAACUGGAAAAUGCUUAACAUGAAAUAACGUAGAGUUGUUCUCAACUUCAUUAAUGCUAGACGUGCCAGAGAUGCUAAGUCUGAAUUCCUUAAAGAAUUAAAUGUUUUUGCCCAAAAGGUAGCUCACGAUAACCUCCUUUCUCGUAUCACAAAGGAAUCUACUGGAAAGAUUUGA